UAAUAUAAUUUUUUUUUUUUUUUUUGUCUAAACACUAAACGGUAGUGAUCAAACUCACCAAAUAAAUUAUUUUAUAUUUUCUAUAUUAAUACUUAAAAGUAUUUUUAUUAAAUUUAUCUAUGAUUAUGAUAUUUUAAAUUGAUUUUUUAGUGACUUUAGUUUUUAAUUAACUGAGUACAAUAAACUACUACAAUGUCUUUUACAUUCUCAGCGUUCACUUAUAUUAUGGCGAUGAUAUCAGAUGCAUUUUUAAUAUUUUUUUCAAUAUUUCAUAUUAUUGCAUUUGAUGAACUUAAAACUGAUAGCAAAAAUCCUAUAGAUCAAUGUAACAGUCUAAAUCCACUAGUGAUUCCUGAGUAUAUGCUUCACUUCUUCUUCAACCUUUUAUUUUUGUUUGGAGGUCAAUGGAUUUCAUUUGCUAUUAAUAUACCAUUAAUGGCCUAUCAUAUAAAAAGAUAUCAAAAUAGACCAGUUAUGUCUGGUUUUGGUCUCUAUGAUCCUACAAGUAUCAUGAAUGCUGAUAAAUUGUAUAAGUAUCAACGUGAGGGUUGGAUAAAAUUAUCAUUUUAUCUGUUUUCAUUUUUCUAUUAUCUAUAUGGAAUGAUACGAGCAUUGAUAACAAUAUGAACCAAAGUCGCUUCUAGCAAUGAUUUUGUACAUAUUUGUUCAUUUUUUAUCAAUAUAAAUCAGUUAUUUUGUAUUUAAGUUUACCUCAGUAUAUAUA